AUGGCAUUAAGAACACAUUUCGAGGGGCAUAAUGAAAUAGGUGUUUUUUCAAAGCUAACAAACAACUAUUGCCUGGUUUCUGUUGGAGGUUCUGAGAGUUUCUACAGUGUAUUCGAGGCUGAACUUGCUGACUUCAUUCCUGUUGUUCAUACAACAAUCGGAGGUAUUCGGACCGUAGGAAGACUUACUGUAGGUAAUACCCGUGGUCUUCUAGUACCGCAUACAACAACAGACCAGGAACUUUUUCACUUAACAAAUUCGUUACCAGACAAAGUAAAAGUGAUGCGUGUAGACGAGCGCUUGUCCGCCCUGGGAAAUACGAUGGCAUGCAAUGACUACGUGGCUCUAGUUCAUCCGGAUCUGAAUAAAGAGACUUCAGAAUUGGUCAGUGAUGUGUUGGGUGUUGAAGUUUUCCCUGGGAUCAUCGCAAACCAGUCUCUUGUCGGAACAUAUUGCGUCUUGACAAACCAAGGUGGCUUAGUUCAUCCAGGAGUUACGGUCGACGAAUUGAUUCAGUUGAGUAACCUUCUUCAACUUCCAUUAACUGCUGGUAGUGUUAAUGGAGGAAGUGCACUUAUUGCAGCUGGACUUGUGGUCAAUGAUUGGGCAGCAUUUUGUGGUCUAGAAACGACUAGUACAGAAAUCCAGGUGAUUGAAUCAAUGUUUAAAUUGGUUGGUGAUGUGAAAGUGCCUGCAGCUGAUUCUAUGCAUGACGCUCUGGUUGAAAGCCUUAGUUGA